AUGCGCUCGUCCUGCGUCCUGCUCGCCGCCCUGGUGGCGCUGGCCGCCUACUACGUCUACAUCCCCCUCCCCGGCUCCAUCGCUGACCCCUGGAGGCUGAUGCUGCUGGACGCGACCUUCCGGGGCGCACAGCAAGUGAGCCACCUGAUCCACUCUCUGGGCCUGACACAUCACCUGCUUGCCCUGAACUUUAUCAUCGUGUCCUUCGGCAAGAAAAGCGCCUGGUCAUCUCCUCGGGUGAAGGUGACUGACACUGACUUCGAUGGUGUGGAGGUCCGGGUGUUUGAAGGCGCUGCAAAGCCAGGCGAGCCGCUGAGACGCAGUGUCCUCUACAUGCACGGAGGUGGCUGGGCCUUGGCAAGUGCAAGUACGUGCUGGUCACCUUCAGAGCGCUAUUACGACGCGCUGUGCACAGCCAUGGCCGAGGAACUGAAUGCCGUCAUUGUCUCCAUUGAAUACAGACUUGUUCCAAGAGUGUAUUUUCCUGAACAAAUCCACGAUGUUGUCCGUGCCACGAAGCAUUUCCUGCAACCAGAGGUCUUACAGAAGUACUCAGUUGACCCAGGCAGAAUUGCUGUUUCGGGGGACAGUGCUGGUGGGAAUCUGGCUGCCGCCCUGGUACAACAGUUUAGUCAAGAUGUCAACCUAAGAAACAAGAUCAAACUGCAAGCUUUAAUUUAUCCCGUGCUACAAGCUUUAGAUUUUAAUACCCCCUCCUAUCAGCAGAAUGCUAACACCCCGAUCCUGCCUCAGUCUGUCAUGGUCAAGUAUUGGGUGUAUUACUUUAAAGGCAACUGUGACUUUGUGCAGGCAAUGAUGGUCAACAAUCACACUUCCCUUGAUGUGCAAGAGGCCGCUUCCCUGCGGGCCCUUCUCAACUGGACCGCCCUCCUGCCUGCGUCCAUGACGAAGGACUACAAGCCAGUCUGGCCCCCCACGGGCGAUGCCAGGAUCAUCCGAGAGCUUCCGCAGUUGCUUGAUGUCCGUUCUGCCCCGCUCCUUGCAGCCCACGAAGUCCUCCAGCACCUUCCCAAGACCUAUAUCCUCACCUGUGAACAUGACGUCCUGAGAGACGAUGGGAUCAUGUACGCCAAGCGUCUGGAGAACGCAGGUGUGGAGGUGACCCUCGACCACUUUGAGGACGGCUUCCACGGCUGCAUGAUUUUCACCAGCUGGCCCACCAACUUCUCAGUGGGGAUUCGGACUAGGAAUAGCUAUAUCAAAUGGCUAGAUCAAAACCUGUAA